ACUUAGUUAAUUGCAGUAACGAGCUGAAUGUUUCAGUGCCUCUUUUGGUUGGUCUAUUGAUUGAACGGGUGCAAGAAAAGAAUUGGGUGAUCGUAAUGAAAUCUCUUGUAACAAUACACAAUUUAAUGAACUUUGGGAACGAGAAAGUAUCUCAAUAUCUUGCUUCUAUGAAUUGUCCCAUUAAUCUUCCCAACUUCAAUGAUAAAUCUAGCGCACAAUCGUAUGAAAUGUCUCUUUAUAUUCGAAAAUAUUCCUGCUAUCUCCAUGAGAAAACUGCCUCUUACCGUGCUAUGGCGUUUGAUUUCUGCAAAGUUAAGCGCGGAAAAGCUGAUGGAGUCCUUAGGACGAUGCCUGUGGAGAAGCUUCUCUGUGCUCUACCAGUUUUAGAACAGCAAAUCAAUGUACUUUUGGCCUUUGAUGCUUCGACUAGAGAUCUCAACAACCAAAUAAUAAAUGCAAGUCUAGGUAUUGGUGAUCGUAACAGUCUUGGUCUGCAACCAAUGUUUGGCAUUUUUAUGCUCUAA